CCGCUGCUGCAGGAAAGGGAGGGGGCAAGGCAGGAACAGGGCAGGGGCAAAAGAAACACGCGAGAAAGGCGGCAAAGGCACGCACCACGCGUUUGGCGGACGACAAGUCCUGGCCGGCGAAGUGAGGGGUAUGUUUGGGGCUUUGGACAAGGUCAACGAACAGCGCGAGUGUCGAGCGUGCCGCAAGUUCAUUGGGUGGGCUGAUGGCAGCACGAAUGCCGGGAAGCGGCACAUGGAGCGUUGGCACAUGCCGCAUUAUCAGAUUUGGAAGCGGCUGUACAUGGUGGAAAACAGGGCGCCUGAUCUCGAGUUUCCCUGAGAUGGUUAUCCGGGUGUGCCUCACAGCGGGGAGGAGUGGCCGCGGGCCGCAUACUGGCCGGGGUACCCACCUGGAGAGGAGGCGCCACAGGGGGAGACGGUGGAGGGGGGGCAGCAGGACAUGCGCCAGUUCUACACUGCCCGAGUCUCUCCCGCCCGUCUGCAUGCAGCCCUUGUUGAGCUUUUUGCCGACGCUGACUUGGCGUACCGCCUAGUGGAUCGGCCAGCGAUUGUGUUGGGGGGAUGGGUUGGCGGGGAAGAUGUUGUUCACCACUGACAUCUGGACGAGUGUGGCCAGCCAGGCGUUCAUGGUGCUGACUGGCCACUGGAUCACCAGUGACUUCCAACUGCGGCAGGUGGUGAUGGAGUUCGAGCAGCUGCACGGCUCGCACACUGGGCUUCUGAUAGCAGAGACAUUUGAGCGGGUCUUGACCUAGUGGGGCCUCGUACCCCACCUGUUCGGCGUCACCACCGAUAAUGCUGAGAAUAAUGCCAAGGCCAUGUGGCUCCUCAUGGGCGAGGACCCCGGCCUUGGUCGCGACCCCAUCCUCAAGGAGGAUCGGCACUUCCGAUGCCUUGGCCACGUCGGGAACAUCUCAGUUCACGCGGCCACUGCCAUCCCCGAGGUCUCCGAGCCCCUGCGCAAGAUGCGGGACAUUGCAAGCUUCAUCGGCAUGUCCACCCAGCGCACCGAGAGGUUCGAGGAUGAGUAGCGGUGGGCGGGUGGUGAUGGGGUACUCUAUCUUGUGUCGGACACGCCGAGAAGGUGGAGCUUAACUUACGAGUUGGUGGUGCGCGCCAUCAAGCUGGAGCCGGCGCUUGCUCUCCAUUUCGCGCGCGCCGAGGUACGCAUGCCGCACUUAGCAUGACAGUGCUCGUAUUGUGUGCUAACAGUCUCUCCACCGUGUGCAUGGAAUGACCCUUCCACUAUUGGCCUACUCCAAUGCCCGUUUUAUACAUAACCAACCACGCCUUUCCAACACAUUUCCGCUCUUCCCGCCCCGGGCCGGUGCCAGGGCUAGCGUGCGCGAGAAAGUCCAGAGCCUUCAGCCCACCGAUGCUGAUUGGGAGAUUCUGACAGAGUUACGUGAUUUCCUCCACCCAUUCGCUCGCGUCACCACCGCGGCUGGAUCCCCACCGCCUUGCCAGCUUGAA